GUCGACAUCUCGAGCUUCAGAUCGCCUGCUGAACGCGCAGUGGAUGUAGAACCUCGCGCCUUACGCACUUCAUUUAGUAAAGUGAAGAAAAACAGAGGACUUUCCGGGUCUCGAAUUUUUUGAACUUUAGAACGAGAAGUUUACUUUUCUACGUCUUUUCUUUUCACCUUUUCGGUUGGCUACAGUUUUGGUUUUGGAGUGAAGAUGGGAGCCCAAUUGUCUAAGGGUGGAGCAGCCGAGGCUGAGAGCGCAGCCGCUAAAACCAACGGCCAGGAGAACGGCCAUGUCAAAACCAACGGCGACGUGUCAGCUAAACCCGAGGGAGAAGCGCCGGUGGCAGACGGCAAUGGAACCGCAGAGGCCGCGAAAGACACGGCAGAGGCCGGGGACACCAUAGAGGCUGCAGAGGGCGAAGGAACCAGUGACAAGGCAGCCGAGGGCGAGGCACCCAAGGAGGUCAAGAAGAAGAAGAAGUUCUCUUUGAAGAACUCGUUCAAGUUUAAGGGCCUCUCGCUGAAGAAGAACAAGAAGAGCACAGAGGAGCCAGCAGGGGAAGCAGAGGCAGCGCCAGCACCAGAAGAGAAUGGCCACACCCCCAAGGAAACCAAAGAGGAGGAGCCGGCUGCCGAGACCAGCGAGGCACCUGCUGAGGCAGAAGCAGAGGCAGCACCUGCUCCAGAAGCUGCAGAGGAGGAGCCUAAAGCAGAGGAGCCUGCCCCUGUGGCAGAAGCCACCCCCACAGAGGAGAGCGCCAAUUCCGAGGAAGCUGCAGCUUCCACUCCUGCCGAGACCGAGGUGACGCCCGAGGCCGCGCCCGCUGAGCCCACACCAGCCUCGGAGUAACCUACUGCGACCGGACUGAUUCUCCACUCAUUCCUUACUUUUUCUUUCUUUUGUUUGUUUUCUUUUUGUUUUCUUUUUUAAAAGAUUGAAAUAUAUAAAAUAUAUAUAAGAGACUUGAGCCACGUCAUUGAAGUUCCAUUAAGGUUACAGCAGCGUCACUUCGGAGAACGACAAGCCAACAAAAAGAAAGUCAAAGAAAAGCGUCACGGUUUCUCUCGUUCAAUUCGCUCCUUCUCUGCUUGUGGAUGUACGAAUCAGGAGUGCCACGGAGGAACGGCGUCUCCAAACACAUCGGAAUAUUUUCCAGUCGACACAAAAUGUAUUGUACUUAACAGUCUCAGCCCACGUUUUUUCCCGUCUCGGAUGCCGGUGGCAGGCGAGCAAACAGACGAAUCGUCACUGACGGUUAAAAGACAAUGUGAAGCCUCUUGAAGUAGUGUGUGUAUGUUUUUAGAAGAUCUUCAUUCCUCCGUUUGUUUUUAACCCCUGAGACCACGUGCGAGUAUUUAGAGCAGAGACUUUGAAGGGGGUGGUUUAGGUUUAGGUUUAGCCAAGAAGCGCAUGGUCUCUCUAGCGGAGGUCGGUGUAGAGGUGUACAAAAACCACUGCUUUAUCAGCUUCUUUUUGUUUGUCACCUGUAUAUAAUGUGUCUUUUUUUUCUAACAUUUUCAAAUGUUAAUGGUUUUAUUGUAAGAUCAAGGGCAAAUAAAUGUCGGAUCUCCUCGUUAA